GCCGCGCACGUUGAGCCGGCUUUGGGUCGGCUCUUUUUUUUCAGACCGCCUGCGGUCAUGUCUUCCAAGAAGAACAGAAAGCGGCAGAAGGAGGGCGCCGAGGGCACCUCGCCCUCGCUGUCUGCUGCCUCGUCUCGCGCGGGGACUCCGGCUCCUCUUGCCCGGCCGGACGUGGCGGCGCCGGGGAUGCUGGUGGUGACCAACUUCCUCGAGAAAGUAGAUGGCAAAGUUCCUAAGACAUUCCAGAAUUCCCUUGUUCAUCUUGGACUUAAUACUAUGAAGUCUGCAAACAUAUGUAUAGGCCGACCAGUGCUCCUUACCAGUUUGGAUGGAAAGCAGGAGGUUUAUACAGCCUGGCCAGUUGCAGGGUUUCCUGGAGGCAAGGUUGGCCUGAGUGAAAUGGCACAGAAGAAUGUGGGUGUAAGAGCUGGUGAGACCAUCCAGGUUCAGCCUCUUUUGGGAGCCGUGCUUCAGGCUCAGGAAAUGGACUUGGCACUGAGUGACAAAGAUAAAGAAAUUAAUGAAGAAGAACUGACUGGUUGUAUUCUGAGAAAACUGGAUGGCAAGAUUGUUUUACCAGGCAACUUCCUGUACUGUACAUUCUAUGGACGACUCUGCAAGUUGCAAGUGUUGCAAGUAAAAGGGACAGAUGGUACAACAUUAGGAAAGCCUCAGAGUGCCUCUGGUACUGAUACCCAAGGAAUGGCCUCUGAACAUUCUAGCGUGGAAAGCAGUGACGUGGAUCUAUCCUUCCAGCUAAGCCAGUUAGAUCUGAAAGAGCCUCAGAGCCCAGCAUUACAGAGUACUCCCUGUAAAUCCGUUAAAGACAAAAUUAUGAAUAAAGCUGGUGAAGUUUCAUUGGAUGUUACACAGAGUCCCAGGGAUGGCAGUGGACUUGGACUAGAGGAAGUCACAGGUCUUAAGUGUAGUUUUGAUUCAUCCAGAGAAGGAAAUACUCGACCUGUCAGUGAAGAGAAACUACUGAAGUCUAUUAAUGCAGGUGCAAAGAGCAAUACUGAUACUUUUUAUUUUAUUUCUUCAACAACAAGAAUCAAUCUUAAAAAAAUUUGUACAAAUUCAAAAGAACAAGACAACCAAUUCAAAGUAACUUAUGACAUGAUUGGAGGCUUAAACAGUCAGCUGAAAGCAAUAAGAGAAAUCAUUGAACUGCCUCUCAAGCAGCCUGAACUUUUCAAGAGUUAUGGAAUUCCAGCACCUAGAGGGUUGUUACUCUAUGGUCCCCCAGGCACUGGAAAGACAAUGAUUGCUAGGGCUGUUGCUAAUGAAGUUGGAGCUUUUGUUUCUGUAAUUAAUGGUCCUGAAAUUAUAAGCAAAUUCUAUGGUGAGACUGAAGCAAGGUUACGUCAGAUAUUUGCUGAAGCCACUCUACGGCAUCCAUCAAUUAUUUUUAUUGAUGAGCUAGAUGCACUUUGCCCUAAAAGAGAAGGAGCACAGAAUGAAGUGGAAAAGAGAGUUGUAGCCUCACUCUUAACAUUGAUGGAUGGCAUUGGCUCAGAAGGAAGUGAAGGACGGGUACUAGUCCUUGGAGCCACAAAUCGCCCUCAAGCACUAGAUGCUGCACUCAGAAGACCAGGGCGAUUUGAUAAAGAGAUUGAGAUUGGCGUUCCUAAUGCCCAGGACCGGCUUGAUAUUCUUCAGAAGCUGCUCCGAAGGGUGCCACACUUGCUCACUAAAGCUGAGCUUCUGAGACUGGCAAAUAAUGCCCAUGGAUAUGUUGGUGCAGACUUGAAGGCCUUGUGUAAUGAGGCAGGUCUGUAUGCCUUGCGAAGAGUCCUGAGGAAACAGCCUAACCUCCCUGAUAGCAAGGUGGCUGGCAUGGUGAAAAUUACCCUGAAUGAUUUCUUACAAGGGAUGAAUGACAUCAGACCUAGUGCUAUGAGAGAGGUAGCAAUUGAUGUCCCAAAUGUAUCUUGGUCAGAUAUUGGAGGACUGGAAAACAUCAAACUGAAAUUGAAACAGGCUGUGGAAUGGCCCUUGAAACAUCCUAAGUCUUUCAUCAGAAUGGGUAUUCAGCCACCUAAAGGAGUUCUCUUGUAUGGCCCUCCCGGAUGCUCCAAAACAAUGAUAGCAAAGGCUUUGGCCAAUGAAAGUGGCUUGAACUUUCUAGCUAUAAAGGGACCUGAAUUAAUGAAUAAAUAUGUUGGUGAAUCUGAAAGAGCAGUUAGAGAGAUAUUCCGUAAAGCAAGAGCAGUGGCACCUUCCAUUAUCUUCUUUGAUGAACUUGAUGCUUUGGCAGUUGAAAGGGGCAGUUCUUCAGGUGCUGGGGAUGUUGCAGACCGUGUUUUGGCUCAGCUGUUAACGGAGAUGGAUGGGAUUGAACAGCUAAAAGAUGUAACAGUUUUGGCAGCUACUAAUCGCCCAGACAGAAUAGACAAGGCUUUGAUGAGGCCUGGAAGAAUCGACAGGAUCAUUUACGUGCCAUUACCAGAUGCAGCAACAAGAAGGGAAAUACUGAAUCUGCAGUUCCACUCAAUGCCUAUUAGUAAUGAGGUUGACCUGGAUGAACUCGUCCUCCAAACUGACACUUACUCGGGAGCAGAGAUCAUAGCCGUCUGCAAGGAGGCUGCUCUCUUGGCCCUAGAAGAAGACAUUAAAGCUGACCGAAUUAUGAAGAGGCAUUUCACUCAAGCCUUGAGCAUCGUGACACCUAGAAUCCCAGAGUCGCUGAUGCGUUUUUAUGAAGAUUACCAAGAAAAGAGCGGGCUACACACAGUCUAAGAAAUACAUGCUUAUAUGCAUAUAUUUUGUAGAGAAAAGUUUGUUUGCAAAUUUUGUCUUGAGGGUGUUUACAGUUUCUUAAUAGGUAAAUGUUUGAAAUAUCCUCACUGGAGUUGAAGAGCCUCACCUAAAUGUUUCUGAAUCAUUCAAGUACAAUAAACAUAUGUCUGGGCAUCAGUUCAAACCAGUUUUACAUUUGAUUUUCAACAAUAUAUAUUCACUGCUUGUAUUA